AUGAUAAACCUUACCCCAGAAGUCAUUCUAUCCUGGCCGACACCAAACUAUGUCAAUCCUGAGACACGCGGACUGACGUUGGCAGCUGUUAACCACACCUUUCUUGCGCUUUGUAUUAUUUUAGUUGCUCUUAGACUCUAUACACGCAUUUGGAUCGUCCGCUGGUUUGGAUUAGAUGAUGUUUUUAUUGCCAUUGCAUUGAUUCUGAGCAUAGGAGUCAACGUUGGUACGUACAUUGGCAGUUCAAAGUAUGGAUGGGGUCGUCAUAUAUGGGAUAUACCAUUGGAUUGGGCGAUACCUUCACUGAAAACCGCGUAUGCGACAAGGCUGUUCUUUAAUCUCUCUGCCAAUGCGACAGCGCUGUCCCUACUCGUCUUCUAUUAUCGUCUUAUUGAUCAGGCGAAUAUCCGAUGGUUCAGCUACGCACUUUGGAGCGUCUUUGCAUUCAACCUGAUCACUUGGUUUAUCUUCUUCAUGGCCCAGGUCCUGAUAUGCAUACCUGUUCAAGCAGCCUGGGCAAUAAUAAAGCCCGAGACCGCUAAAUGUAUCGAUGAAGGCGUUUGGACUAUCGUUGGAGGCAGUCUCAAGACAUUCGUCGACCUUCUUGUCACAACUUUGCCAAUCCCUCUGAUACUAAAGAUGAAUAUGAACAAGGCUCAGAAAUAUGGACUAGCAUUUCUACUGGGAUUGGGUUAUGUUGUCACGGCUGCUGGCGCUCUACGGACAUACUACAGCUGGAGAGUCUACUACGAGCCGAGCUACGAUUACACAUGGGAACAGUUUCCUGCGUUCGUUUCUAGCGCGGUAGAGAACAACCUUUCUGUGAUCUGUGCAUGCAUACCAACCCUCCGGCCUCUGUUUGCGCCGAUCUUCGGCCCACCGCUCAGUUUCAUUCAGUCCAAGAUCCAUAGCAUCAAAAAAGCCGGAACCGGCCGCGACGUAACUGGAUUGUCGGCAGCAGAUAGCUCGAAACAAUCUUCGACAUUAAAGGCUGGGAACGCUGACCCUGCCGCGGCGAGUGACCGGAAACUGAUUAUUCAGAAGCGGGAAUCAUUCGAGCUCAAAGACACUCGGUUUGAGGUCGGAGAUCUGGAGGCAGCCCAGUGGGGUCGGACUAGAUUUUACUGA